CUAUCUCGCAGACAAGCUUGUUGCAGUAGACGAUAUCGUGCUUUCUGGACAUCCGAAUAAGUAAAAAUGCGCCGCUAUUCUGUGCUGCCAACGCUGGUGAUCGUCAGCGUUAUCGCGCACGCUGCCGACUCCUCCAAAUCUGCCAAGCAAAUAUGCACUUCUUAUCCCGCUGUGCCGACCCGCCCGGGUGGUGACGCCCCAUCACAGAAGGCGGGUAGGUGGUAUGGUUACCGUCAAAACGGCGAACUCACCGUCAAUCAGCAGGUCAUUAUCACUAACCUCGGCACCACGGUGGAUCCGCUCACCAACCUAGCCGCCGCCCAACAGUAUCAGCAGUCCACCUGGACGACCACGACCAAUAUCACAUGCCAGAAUGAUUUCCGGACGGGGAUCUAUGUCGCCAACGGCAUGGAGAUCGUCAAUGAUGCCACACCUAAUGACGGAUACAGUGUUAACCAUCUGAGAGGGAAUUCGGUGCUGUACCAUGACUAUGAGAAGCUCGUGGUGGGGUAUGGUUGUCGUGCACCACAGAAAGACGGCACCUGUCUGCAUACUCCGGUGGUCUGGUCGAAGACGCGAGCCCGCCCCGAUAAGCUCUCAGCUAGUGACCGAGCCAGUUUCGAUCGCAUCAUCAACACGGCACUGCAGCCGUACUGCAUUACGACAGGGAUGAUGCCGCUGCAGGUGUACGAUGACUCCAAACCAACCUGCCCCUACGUCGAUCCUCCGUCCUGUUUUGCCACUAUUCUCCAGGGAAACAACGCCACUGUCCCCGCUAAUUUUGUUGCAGGCAAGAAAGAGAAAACUACAACAGCCGCGCCCAGUUGCAAAUGGCCGAUUUAUGUGGCAUCCAGACUAACUUAUGACGCACAAAAAUCAGGCGGUCUGUGGCACGUGUACCGUCAUAUGUACCUGCCGGCACCGAAUGCGAUGGGGAUGAUAAGCAACUGGCACAUUCUGGGCAGUUCCCUCUUCCCGGAAACCAACUACACCGGCCACUACGCGUGGAUGGAAUAUACCCAGUAUAACAGUCCCUCCGCUACACGAUGCAGUUACGGCUACUUCACCGGAAUGCUGGCGUCAACCGGAGAGAAUGUGGGCUUUCGCUUCUUCACCAGCGACAGUGGAGAUGGGAUUCUGCCGCUGCGAUCCAUGGUCUUGUAUCACGAUGACAAGUACCAAUUCAUGUAUGGCUGCAGUACGCCGGAUUUAAAGAGGCAGAUCUGUGCGUCACCCUUCGCCAUGAUCCUCGCACGCAGCGACCCCGCCCAAUGGAAGCAGAGUGAGAAGGAUCAGGUGGACAACGACAUUAUCACACCGCUUAUCCAGAGCUACGGCUGUGAUGCCAAGGGUAUUCGGGUGAUGCCGUCGGCCGGCAGUAAACCGGCCUGCCAGUUCAGAGGGGCCACAACGUCCGUGAAGCAGCUCAUUGACGGGUACAACCAGCUAGCGCCUCCCAAAGCGGUUUAAUAAUCCCGACUUCGUUUAGACGACGAGGCUGUAUGCCCAUACUGCCCAGUUUAACAAUCGCUUAGUGCCAACAGCAGAACCUUGAACAAAUUUCGCAGCGAGAAAAUUCGCACAUUCAUACUAAAGAUAUGCCGUAGGCUCGGCGUGUUAAGUUUUUCCAGAUUUCUUCGGAACUCAUAUUCUUUUUCUCGAAUCUAUAGUUAAGUAAAAUCCAGAAUAUUUGCGUGUUUCGGCAGGUACCCACACAGUAAGAGUUUUUAGAGAUGCGGGGAACUGUCGCCCGCACGCGCGAAUUUUUUUAAUUAGUGCUCGUAUAAAUGUACGGUACAUUGGUAGCUUUGUACAGAUUGUUUGUACAAGUAGACAUCCCGUAAUUAUCGAAUUUUCCGCACU